CUUGUUAUCUGAUCAGUUUUGGUGUGAAAUGUUAACAUGGGGUAGGGUGGAGGUGAGGUCGUAGUCGUCACAAAGCUAUGGUCUGAACUAGUGGCGGAAUGGUGGAAGAGGGUGGGGGUAAAAAUGCGAAAAAGUGACCUCUUUCUAGCUGUUAUCUCGUCACAGUGUUGAGUCAAUGUCACGUAGUAUGUGUAAAUCUGGAACUGGCCCUGGCCUGUGGCUCUAAUUAUUUUACACCGCCGUCCCCCACCCCGGUAAUUUAGGCUUGAAACGCCCCAGUUGUUUUGGUUGAGGUGAAGAAUUUCGAGAAGGAAAAUGCUGACAUUGACAAGACAAAUAAACCACCAGAAGUAGCAACAGACGACACAAAGAUGGCUGACGAAGGCCGUGGUUUCAUGCGGGACCUGAAGCCGUACAACAUGUACGUGCUGUUUCUGCUGUUGAUCACCUACCUGCUGAACCAGCUCGACCGCUACAUGCUGGCCAUCACGUCCAAGUCCAUGGCUCAGGACGUCCAUUUCGGCGACCAGGCAUGCAUGGUCAACACAUCCUUCACGGCACCCGAAACCAAAGACAUCAAGUGCAAUGGGACAACUGUGGCACGCUGUGAUGCUAUCAGCAAUGUGAACGGCAGCCAUGUUUGUAAGUUUGACUACAACGGCCAGGGUUGGGACUACCAAAUCCUGGCGGGGCCCGUCUUCAUCCUCAUCUACACCUUCAUGGGCAUCCUCAUCGGCUUCGCGGCCGACAUCUACAACCGCAAGGUCUUGCUCGCCAUCUGUCUCAUUUUCUGGUCGGCCAUGACACUUCUCACAGGAUUUGUCACCCACUACUGGCAGCUAGUCAUACUCCGAUUUGGACUGGGUAUGGGGGAAGCUGGUUGCACCCCGUUUGCAGCAUCGAUAAUCACUGAUUACUUUUCGGCGUCGCUGCGAGGGGCAGCUAUGGGAGUCUACAACUGGGGGAUCUACUUCGGCUACAGCAUGUCGUACGCAGUCGGAAACUUCAUCACGCUGGCUAACAUCAAUGACCAGGGAUGGCGAUGGGCAUUCUUCAUAUCUGGUAUCCCGGGUUUGGUGGUUGGCAUUGUGAUCCUCCUCACGAUGAAGGAACCGGAGCGGACCCGGUAUCGUCCGGUCGUGCAGGCCAGUCAGACGGACGAAGAGGAGUCAAAGAGGAAUGACACGUGUAACCGACUGAAGAUGGCACUGAAAGCUUUUCUCAGACCGUCUCUCAUCAUACUGUGCAUUGCUGGCUCAUUCAGAAAUUCAGCUGGUUAUGUGUGGGCGUACAACACACAGUUGUACUUCAACGCCAUCAACCAGACGAAGGAGCAGGUGGGCAUGUACAUGUCGUGGAUUCCUCUCGUCGGUGGCAGCAUCGGCGUCGUGCUGGGUGGUUUCAUCUCUGAUGUAGUCGUCUACAAGCGAGGCCUGCACUUCAGGGUCAUCAUUCUAGUGGCCAGUCAGAUACUGGCCGCUCCCUUUGCAGCUGGAACUUUGUUUCUGGAUCCACCGUAUGCAUUUCUGAGUCAGAUUCCAACCUACAUAAUCGGGGAGAUGUGGGUUGGUGUCACGUUAACUGUGCUGGUUGAGCUCGUCCCGUCCAAUAUCCGCACCUCCGCGGUCGCUGUCUACCUGUUUAUCAUCAGCAACGUUGGUGGAGCCAUGCCGUUGCUUGUGCCACCCAUCCAACAGGCUCUGGAGAACAAUGGAUAUAACAAAACAGAUGCCUUGAGAGGUGCCUUGUACGUCCUGUAUCCUGGACUCUACGUGCUGGGAUCAGUGUUAUUCUUGCUCACCAUGUUCGUGCUCAAGCGAGACCAGAAGAAAGUGCUGGCAUACACUGACAUUAGUUCGGAAACCGGCAAUGAAAAUAAGGUUGAUUAGUGAUAUUUGGCUGUCUACAGCAUCUUGUAGGGGACAGUAAUGUUUUGGUAGGACAAAGUAGAUUAUAAAAUCUAUCAUUCUCUCUUUGAUAUAUAUUCUGGGAAAGCAGGGGUGAAUCCAGGAAAUAUAUGGAGGGGGAGUGGGGGACUAACAGGAAACAGGCACAUGAACCAACUUGUCAAAAGGACAUCCCAUUGAAACAAAAAAUUAAAAGAAGAAAAAAAGGAGAUCUUGAAUAUUUUUAGGAUUGGUCUCCCCCUCGUUGGAUCUGUUUCUGGAAAGAAUGAAGGGAUGUGCUGAAAUUUCCAUGAGCGAAUGUAAACAUUUCAGUGCCAUUUUUGUGUUCGAUGGAAGACUUCACUGGUACUUUUGUCUUCCAUGGAAUAUUUCCAUGGGAUUUUUAUAGACUUCUCCAUGAACAAAAUUGAGGGGAGUGAUCAAUUGUUCUCCUAAUUUAGAUUAUUGGAAGCCAUUUAAGAUAUUGUCAGUACUAGAGUCCAAUAUGUUGGGACUCGUGGAUUUUUGUUCUGUAUGAAUGUCGCAUAGACUAGCAGUGCCCAAAGAUGUGACACCAGAAUGUAGCCAUUUUUCAGAUAUAUAAAAGAUUUCUUUGAAAAUUAUUAAAAUGUGCUCAAUUUAAGGAAUAUUUUAUUAGCCAAAGACUAAUUGUUGUGGCCACUUUGUAUAAAAAUUAGCAGGGUGAGCUCUGCAUUUUCAAAGAUCACAUUUUACUGGCAUUUAUAUCUUCCUUGGAAAUUGUACUUUUUUACAAUGGUAGAUUGUUUUAAAAAACUCUGCUGGUGUAUUUUCCUUCCAUGGAACCUUUCAGCAGCAUUAUAUAUGGUUUUCCAUGGAAUAUAUUAGUAGUAUUUUUGAGUUGCAUGGACGACGUCACUGAUAGUUUUGUUCUAUUUCAUGGUACAUUGUAUUGUAUUCAGACUGUGAUACAAAAUAAGGAAAAGUUAAAUUUUUAUUUCGAUAUGUUUAGUACUGAAAAAUAUUAUACAUGUACUUGAGAUAAUUUUGUGUGUACCUAUAGAGGAUAAUAAACAAGUUACCAGUUAUUAUCAAAUUUAUGUCCCGAGUGAAAUAAUUUGCAGUUGUCACGAGCUAAAGCGUAGCUCGUACAAUUGAAAAUUAUUUCACUCGAGACAUAAAUUUGAUAAUAACUGGUACCGAGUUUGUUAUUCUAUUUAUUAUCUGAGAAAUUUUGUCUCUAAAAGCUUUUAUUUUCAACACACAUGCACGUACAUGUAUAGAAACUAUAUAAACUACUUUACAUACUGUUCUGAGUAUUGCUAUAACUUUGUUAUUUAAUCACGUUCAUAGAUAAUUUUCAAAAACAAAAGUUCUCUUUAUUCUGGUACAAAAAUCUAUAAUGAAUUGCAUUAAAAUGACAUUUUGUUAUA